AUGAACUGCAGCGAGCCGCGGCGGCUGCAGGCGCUGCUCAGCGCGCUGCUGCGGGAGCUGCGCCGCGGCGGCAGCGGGAACGCCAGCGCCGCGGGAUCCGGGUUCGAGUCCGGGUCGCGGCCCGGCCCGGGGGGGGACGCCUCGCUGUACAUCCUGCUCAUCAUGAUCUUCUACGGCUGCUUGGCCGGGGGGCUCAUCCUGGCCUACACCCGCUCGCGGAAGCUGGAGUCCAAGCACGAUCCCUACCACCUCUACAUCGAACGCGACUGGGGCCGCGGCGGCGGCGGCGGCGGCCCGGGCCAGCCGGCCGAGGAGGGCGGCCCCGCCGAGGGCCAGCGGCUGAUGUGAGCGCGGCCCGCUCCCGGGUUGAUUUGUACCGCUUUUCCACAAUAAACGCCUGCAUCGCGUACGUACGGAGGCCUCUCUCUCAUCGGUCGUCGUUAGAGCUCGGUUUAAGGUCGUCGUCCUUA